AUGGAGCGAGGAGGGGAGAGUCCCAUCGCCCAGGGCAGUCCUGAGCGGAGGGGGGGCAGCCCGGACCUCAGCGGCCUCCCGCCAGCAGGGAAGAAGGGCCGGCUGGAGCUCAACGGGAGCCCCACGGGGCCCCGGGUACGCCACAACGGAGGCCCUCUGAGGCCCCUGGGAGGUCUGAUGAUUCCCGUCUUCUGCGUGGUGGAGCAGACAGACGGAGGCGUGCAGCAGACGGAGGCGUGUGAGGGCCGAGAGGAGCAUGCAGAGUUUGUCCUGGUGAGGAAGGACAUCCUCUUCUCUCAGCUGGUGGAGACGGCGCUGCUCGCCCUCGGAUACUCCCACAGCUCGGCGGCUCAGGCCCACGGCAUCAUCAAGGUGGGCCGCUGGAACCCGCUGCCCAUCCACUUCCUGACAGACGCUCCUGAAGCCACGGUGGCCGACAUGCUGAUGGAGGUUUACCACAUGGUGACGCUGCGCAUCCAGCUGCAGAGUUUCUCAAAGUUGGAGGAUCUUCCCUGUGAGCAGUGGAACCACACGACGGUGAGGAACGCUCUCAAAGAGCUGCUGAAGGAGAUGAACCAGAGCACUCUGGCCAAAGAGUGUCCUCUGUCCCAGAGUAUGAUUUCGUCCAUAGUGAACAGUUCGUAUUACGCCAACGUCUCCACGGCCAAAUGUCAGGAGUUCGGUCGCUGGUACAAGAAGUACAAAAAAAUCAAAGUAGAUUAUCUGGAGAAGAUGUGGUCCGGACGAGACGCUGCUGACAUCAAAAUAGAGAGAGACAACAUGGCCGACUUCUGCGUGCUCGGUCAGCGACCUCCGCCUCACCUGUCCAGCCUGGCUCAGCUGAGUCACCUGGGCCAGCAGCAGCAGCCGUCCCCCCACGGCCCGCUCCACCACAGUCCUCCUCUCCGCUCGGGCCAGGUGCCUCCUCCGCCGCCGCCGCCGCCUGCCGCCCUGCAGCCCCUGCUGGGGCCAGGUGGGCUGCUGUCCCCGCAGCUCUCCCCGCAGCUGGUGCGUCAGCAGCUCGCCAUGGCCCACCUCAUCAACCAGCAGCUCGCCGUGAGCCGCCUGCUGGCCCACCAGCACCCGCAGGCGCUCAACCAGCAGUUCCUCAACCACCCGCCCAUCCCUCGGGGCUCGUCCAAAGCCGGCGGCGACCAUCCCGGGAGCAACCCCUCGGCCGCCGAGGUCUCCUGUGAAAUCUACCAGCAGGUCAGAGACGAGCUGAAGAGAGCUAGUGUCUCCCAGGCCGUGUUCGCCCGUGUGGCUUUCAACCGCACACAGGGUUUGCUGUCAGAGAUCCUGAGGAAGGAGGAGGACCCUCGCACCGCCUCUCAGUCUCUGCUGGUCAACCUGAAAGCCAUGCAGAACUUCCUGAACCUGCCGGAGAGCGAGAGAGACCGGAUCUACCAGGAGGAGAGGGAGCGCACCAUGAACCCCUCAGUGGGACUCCCCGCCUCCAACUCCUCCAACCCCGGCCCGCCCCGCCUCUCACAGCCGAAGCCGCCCGGCCCCGCCCCCGACCUCCCGCUGAAGCUGGAGUCGCUGGUCAACAUCACGUCGGGGAUCUACGAUGAAAUCCAGCAGGAGAUGAAGAGAGCCAAGGUGUCCCAGGCUCUGUUCGCCAAGGUGGCCGCCAACAAGAGCCAGGGCUGGCUGUGUGAGCUGCUGCGGUGGAAGGAGAACCCGAGCCCGGAGAACCGCACGCUGUGGGAGAACCUGUGCACCAUACGGAGGUUCCUGACUCUGCCGCAGGCCGACAGAGACCUGGCGUACGAGGAGGAGUCCCGACAUCACCACUCAGAGAGGCUGCACACCGUCCUGCACCUGCCACAGGACACUCAGGCGCUGCACCGGCCGCCCCCGGCCCCGAUGAAGGAGCACCGCCUGUCUCCGAUGCGCGAGGAGCAGAUCUCGGCCCCGGUGAACAACGAGGGCUCACAGACUGGAGGAGCAGCAGGAGGAGGUCCACCUGGAGCUGUCGGCGGCCCCGGGAGCAACAAAAAGCCACGAUCACGCACUAAGAUUUCUCUGGAGGCCUUGGGGAUCCUGCAGAGCUUCAUCCAGGAUGUGGGCCUGUACCCAGACCAGGAGGCCAUCCACACCCUGUCUGCUCAGCUGGACCUGCCCAAACACACCAUCAUCAAGUUCUUCCAGAACCAGCGCUACCACGUAAAGCACCACGGGCGCCUCAAGGACCUGGGCGAGGGCGCCGCCGCCAGCGGGGGCGUGGACGUCAGCGAGUACAGAGACGAGGAGCUGCUUUCAGGCUCGGAGGACCCGGAGUCCAGCGAGGACGGAGCUGAGGAGAUCUACCAGUCCACAGAGGGGAACGGGGGCAGCACGGUGGGGCUGAACCAGCUGCCGGCCUCCUCCGGCUCCAUCUCCAGCCAGUCGUCCUCAGGGACCAGCUCUGCUCCCGACGAAGGGAAGGAGAAGGGGCUGGGCCGGCCCGGGGGCCCGCUGGGACCCGGGAGCUCCUCGUCCAGUCCCAGAGAGCAGGCGGACUACCAAAGGUAGAGACUGACACACAGAGAGGAGAGGACAGAGAGAGAAAGAGUCGGGGAGAGAGAAAGAGAAGGAAAAGUACGAUAAUCAAGUGAUGCAAGAUGGCUGAAAUCCUGAAAACACCACUCAGACGACUGGACACGCUCUUUAUAUCUCAGACUAGCAGAUCUGUGAACACCUGGAGUGUGGAGUGAAAUACCUCAGCAGGUUUGCAGAGAGCUGUGAUGCAGCAGCGGUUGUGCAACUGUGAAAGAAAGCUUUGCCAUUUAAAUAAUUCACUCGCAAAUUAACAGGUAAUCUAUUGCUGCUCAUGCCUCCUUACAAACACAAGAUAAUCUCCACGGGUCGACGAGGGAACUGAUCAGCCUCGAGAAAUCAGCAGAAAAAACAUUCCAGAGGAAGCAGGAAGUCAUCUCCAUCGUUCCUCCUCUCUAAAGCCUGAGCACAGACUCCACUGAGUGACAUUUAUAAACUGUAAAAACAAUCCUAGAAACCCUCAGGACACACACUGAUGUUGCUAAUGCUGUCGCCUGCCUGAGAACGAGGACGGACGGCUGAUCGCCGUUCCUCCAGGAGCUUCAUUUCAUGUGGCAAAAAGUAGGAAAAUGACCACGACAACCUGCUCUCGCCUCAUCGUCACAAUCCAGAUUCACUAGCAGUCCUAUCUACCACUUACUGUUCACAAAGCA